AUGUAUCUAUUAGAAUUUACACUAAUUUUAUCAUUUUUUAUACCUUUAAUUGCUAAAGAUAUAGAGUUUUUUUGUCCACCAAAUAUUAAAUUAGAAAGAUGUUUUACUAGGUGUUCAAAGCAUUGGAGCUUUAUUUUUAAAAAAACAAAAAAAUGUUAUACAAUAUGUGAAAGAAUAAAAUGUAUUUGUAAACCUGAAUAUGAAUUAAAAGAUAACAGAUGUGUAAAAAGUGAAAAACCUUCUAUAUGCCCACCUAAUACGUUUUAUACUACUUGUAAAUCAACUUGUGAACCAAAAUGUGGUGAAGAUCCAGAUUCAGUAAUUUGCCCUUUAAUUUGUGAUGGAGAAGGAUGUGAAUGCCAUCAUCCAUAUGCUUUAGAUGAAAAAGGUAAUUGUAUUGAGAGAUCUAAGUGUCCAAAAACAACAAUAAAACCAAAACCAACACUAAAGUCAACAACAAAAAAACCUAUUUCAUGCCCAACUAAUAUGGUAUAUACCGAUUGUUUGUCAUCUUGUAAAUUAACAUGUGAUGAGGAUCCAGAUAAAGUAGUGUGCGAUUUAAUGUGUAGAGGAGAAGGUUGUGAAUGUCAGCAUCCAUAUGCAUUAGAUAAAAAAGGUAAUUGUAUUAAGAGAUCAGAAUGCCCAAAAACAACAAUUAAACCAAAACCAACGCUAAAGCUAACAACAAAAAAACCUAUUUCAUGCCCACCUAAUAUGCUUUAUAGUAUUUGUAAGUCACCUUGUCCACCCAAAUGUGGUGAAGAUUCAGAGAAACCAUGGUGCCAUUUAAUGUGUGAUGGAGAAGGUUGUGAUUGCCACUAUCCAUUUGUUUUAGAUGAUAAAGGUAAUUGUAUUGAGAGAUCACAAUGCCCAGAAGCAACAGUAAAACCAAAUACAACAAUAAAACCAACACCAACAAAAAAAACAAAACCAACUAAGAAACCAAAGACAACAAAAAAACCAAAAACAACAUUAAAGACAAAACGAACAAAGAAACCAACAACAACAAAACCUGUUACAUGUCCACCUAAUAUGGUAUAUACCGAUUGUUUGUCAUCUUGCCCAUCCGAAUGUGAUGAUUAUUUAAGUUCAGAGUCAAAUGAAUGCUAUUUAAAUUGUAAUGGAGCAGGUUGUGAAUGUGCAGAACCAUUUGCUUUAGACAAAAAUGGUAAUUGUGUUGAGAGAUCUAAAUGCCCAAAAAAUUAA